AUGGAGGAGAAGCGGCAAAAGGAAGAUGAAGAGCAGGAGGCGAGGAAGGUUGAACGCGAAAAGGGGGAGAAGCGGCAGAGAGAGGAUGACGAGCGGAAGAGGGAGGAGGCGAGGAAGGUUGAACGCGAAAAGGAGGAGAAGCGGCAAAAGGAAGAUGAAGAGCGGAAGAGGGAGGAGGCGCGGAAGGUUGAACGCGAAAAGGAGGAGAAGCAGCAAAAGGAAGAGGAAGAGCGGAAGAGGGAGGAGGCGAGGAAGGUUGAACGCGAAAAGGAGGAGAAGCGGCAAAAGGAAGAUGAAGAGCGGAAGAGGGAGGAGGCGAGGAAGGUUGAACGCGAAAAGGAGGAGAAGCGGCAAAAGGAAGAGGAAGAGCGGAAGAGGGAGGAGGCGAGGAAGGUUGAACGCGAAAAGGAGGAGAAGCGGCAGAGGCAGGAGGAAGAGUGGAAGAGGGAGGAGGCGAGGAAAGUUGAACGCGAACAGGAGGAGAAGCGGCAAAAGGAAGAGGAAGAGCGGAAGAGGGAGGAGGCGAGGAAGGUUGAAUGCGAAAAGGAGGAGAAGCGGCAGAGAGAGGAUGACGAGCGGAAGAGGGAGGAGGCGAGGAAGGUUGAACGCGAAAAGGAGGAGAAGCGGCAAAAGGAAGAUGAAGAGCGGAAGAGGGAGGAGGCGAGGAAGGUUGAACGCGAAAAGGAGAAGAAGCGGCAAAAGGAAGAGGAAGAGCGGAAGAGGGAGGAGGCGAGGAAGGUUGAACGCGAAAAGGAGGAGAAGCGGCAGAGGGAGGAGGAAGAGCGGAAGAGGGAGGAGGCGAGGAAGGUUGAACGCGAAAAGGAGGAGAAGCGGCAAAACGAAGAGGAAGAGCGGAAGAGGGAGGAGGCGAGGAAAGUUGAACGCGAACAGGAGGAGAAGCAGCAAAAGGAAGAGGAAGAGCGGAAGAGGGAGGAGGCGAGGAAGGUUGAACGCGAACAGGAGGAGAAACGGCAGAGGGAGGAGGAAGAGCGGAAGAGGGAGGAGGAGAGGAAGGUUGAAGGCAAAAAGGAGGAGAAGCGGCAGAGGGAAGUGGAAGAGCGGAAGAGGGAGGAGGAGAGGAAGGUUGAACGCGAAAAGAAGGAGAAGCGGCAGAGGGAAGUGGAAGAGCGGAAGAGGGAGGAGUAG